AUGAUUUGGAAAUUUGCCUUGUCCGUUUUUCUGAUGGCAACGCUGGUUCAAGUAACAGACACCAGGAAAAACCGUCCUGCAGGUGCCAUUCCCUCUCCAUACAAAGGCAGCAGCAGCAACCACUCAGAGCGUAGGCAUCAGCUGAACAAGGAGGUGUUGGCCUCCAGCCAGGAGGCCUUGGUGGUCACCGAGAGGAAGUACCUCAAGAGUGACUGGUGCAAGACACAGCCCCUGCGGCAGACUGUCAGCGAGGAGGGCUGCAUCAGCCGCACCAUCAUCAACCGCUUCUGCUAUGGGCAGUGCAACUCCUUCUACAUCCCACGACACGUGAAAAAGGAGGAGGAGUCCUUUCAGUCCUGUGCUUUCUGCAAGCCACACAAGGUCACCUCUUCGACUGUGCAGCUGGAGUGCCCCGAGCUGGACCCACCAUUCCGACUCAAGAAAAUUCAGAAGGUCAAGCAGUGCCGGUGCAUGUCUGUGAAUCUGAACUCAGGCAAACUGUGAGAGCAGGCAUAUAGCUGCUGCUUGUUGUUGCCUCUAUCAGAUUUACUGCUGUCUCUCCUCUCCCACUGAGCAGACUGUCCAUUUUGUUGGUUUGUUUCUUCUUUUCCUUUUUUUUUUUUUUGUGUUCUGUUUUCUUUCAGGAGGCAUCUCUCCAGCAAGGAAAGGCUCCUUGACACUUGCCUACUGGAAUAAUGCUUUUUAAUGGGCUGUGUGAGGCACUUCACCAUAAAGUUUCAUUGUAUUUUUAAUAUCGUCUGGCAGUUGAAUCUUCUGGCAUGGAGCAGGCUUCCAGAAGUUGGGAUUGAUGAUCUAAGCGACCAGUUGGCUGAAUCCAGCAUUAAAUGUUUCCACUGUGUGGAGUAAAGCCCUCUGCCCUACACUCCAGUUCCCUCCACAUGUUGAGAACACCUUGUCUGUGCUUUGGUCUGGAGCUUGUUUCUCUCACCUGGAAGUGCUGGGGUUCUGCCCAGGACUGGGGGACACAGGUGAGGGAGAGUAACAAGGAGCAAUUUGUGAAAAGCAAGUAAGACUCCAAUGAAACUCAGCUUCUUAAGAUGACUUCAAUUGUGCAAUGACAAAUGGUUCUGGGCUUGUUGUCUGAACAGCAGAUCAGAAGCAAGGAGAAGAGGGCGAGGCACUGGGUCAGCCACAGUGACCACAGAGCAGACUGAGGGUGGGUUCUGAUGCUGUUGUGGUUAGAGUAUAUUGAACAUGGUCUCUGCAGCAGUGUUUAUUUUGUAACCUAGCUAUAGUAAACAGCUGUUUAAAGUAUUAUAGACCUAGCCAUGUAUAUUUUCCUUGUGGCAGAAUAUGCCAGAGAUUAAAAUAUGUUAAGAGACUCGGUUGCUAGGUCAGCUGCCUGGCUUAAAAUGAACAUGGUUUUACUAGGCUUUCUGUAGGGUUUUGUAUGUUAGAUAUGUGUGUGAGUUUCUUACUCCAAAAAGGACAACAUCCAUCUAUAACGUUAUAUUUAUGCCUGCACAGACUGGGGAAGGUGGGAGGGUAGUGAGAAAGGAGCUGAGAACACUUAAGGGAGUGAUGUUUCCCUUAAGGUAUAAAAGCACUGUCACACAAAGGACAAAAUUUGGUCAUUGCUGAAUUGAAUACAAAAGCUAUGUAAGUGUUACCGAGUUUGGGAGUGGCGUCUCUCUCAUGAUUGUAAACCAUGAUAAUGUGUUAGCAUUAAAGGACAAACCCAUCCGUCAGUGCCACUGGAAUGGGUCACAGCUGUGGGAGCAGGGAUAGAGGAGGUUGUGAUUGCUGCAUUACUGGUGGUGCACUAAGUUUUUGAGACCUGCACAAUCAGUGUUGGUGAAUGCUUGCAGUUCAUUUUAAAUCAUACUAUGUUGUUAUUUAGUUGAUGGAGUUUAUUAUGUCCUGUAUAUCCCAUUUGUUGCAGUUCUGAUCUGUAUUAGUCCCAGCUGCAUUAAAAUCCUGUCUCAAACCGGCCCCUUCCCCCAAACCAAAGCCCAUGCGCUCUCAGUUGUCUGAAGCUUACAAAUUAAAAAGGACACGCCGACUCCCUGAUGCAUGUCUCACAGUUCAGCAUCUGCAUCUAGUGAAACCAGCCUGCUGUGGGAGCCCCUCCCCGCCAGCUUCUUUGCAUGCAGCCGCUUCAAGGGGUUAAUAUGUUCAGCACUGUCGCCAGCUAGAGCUUCAGAGCCACAGGUCUCCAUUAUGUGACAGGCCUCUCUAAGAGGCUUUCAGGGUUGAUCUCCGCAAGAGCUCACCAAGCGGUUUACAGGGACUGGCAUGGGCAGGAUGAGAUUGGUCGGGUCUAUUAGCCCUGUUACAUGAACAGACGUUGCUUUUCUGCUGUGAUCUCUCAAAGUGUCAGAAGUGCACAGGGAGACUCCUCACACAGGGAAUGCUUUAGGGGUUGUAACUGCUAUGCUGUGGCAUCCUGCCAGCCUCUGGAUGGGCACCAUUCAGUCUAGGCUUGAGAGAGCUGGUGUGGGUGAGGUGCGGAGGGGGAAGGUGGCAAUAUGGUCUACUAAGACUCCAGGGAUCCCAGUCUCCACUUGAAAGGAACGAACUGAAAGUCAGACAUUUUGGACUAGAGAGAGAAAAGCACCCUAGUACAUUCGGUUAAGAAAAACAUGCAAGAAUCUUUACCUUUAAGCUAUGCCCUGCCUGGGUUUUUCACCAGUUUGCAAUAUGAAUAUGCUGCAGCUUAAAGCUCCUUCUAGGAGCUGUGUUUAUGUAAAAACUGAGUUGAGCUUGUAAUGGUUAAAACUGUAUUUAAUUCUUGUUUUAUAAAUGAAAACAGAAAAUGAAGAAAUGCUUUAAGUAUAAUGUAAUUAUUUUAUAGGUCAACUAUUAAAUUAUAGAUUAAAUAAUAAAGCUACUCUAGGGUUAUAUGGCAUCCAGGUGUUUUGUUUCAACAGCUUGUGUCCAGCUGCUCUCUAAUCAGUAUAUGCUCCAUCUUCCUUUUCACCCUCCCAAAUACAGGUGAAUGAUGGCUCACCCUGAUAGCUUGGGAAAACCUAACUACUUCUCCUCUUGUCCCUAACAAAAGUACCUGCAAGAUAGGUACCCCCCUCAAAAGUACCUGCAAGACAAGAAGGAAAAAUGAAAUGCACUAGUCUUAGAUUCUGGAGUUGAUUCUGCAUGCACAAAUUCUGGUUUUUUUGGUUAAAUGACUAGACAAGCAAAGCUCCACCACUGGCUGAAACACCAGCAUCAUUUGUGGUAAGAGAAAUAACUGUUACCCUGACCUAAGUGGUUUUGCUUAAAAUAUAUAUAGAUCCUUACAUAACAGGCACCAAACUACUCAUAAGGAAAAAAAAAGGGUAUACCUUAAGAUAUAGGUGAGCUUUAAUGGUUGCUGUCAGCUCUUGAAUAGGUACACUGUAUGUCACUCCAAAGACAGAGUAGUGUUUUGGGUUUUUUUCAUUUCCAACCGAGAGAAAAUGUAGUUUCUCAAAGGAAAAUUUUUGUAAUGAAAGGGAGUAGUCACAUGGAUGGAUGAACCUCCACAUGACCAGAAGAGAUGCCUGUCAUGGGUCUUGAAAGAAGCAAGAGCACCUAGACCAUAACUAGCAAGGGAGGGCUAUGUCCUUUAUGGCACUUCUGACACCUGCAGAAGCCCUUUGAUCUUUUUCCUUGCCCAUCUCUUGCCCAAAUCCUCUCACAGUUAAGUGAAUCAAUGUGUUUGGAGUCUUUUUUUUUUUUCGUAGCUGUUGCUUUUGAGAAAUUAGUGGUUUGCUUUGUGUUAGCUACUAAAGUGUGGUCAGGGUGCCCUGCUCAGAACUUGAAAGUGCCUCUCUCAGUUGGCUUAAAGGGAGCUCAGUAGUAAUCUCAUCUAAUGCCCCUUUCUCAUUUCCAGCUGUCUCUUGGCCAGUCUCCUGCUUUGCAGGUCGCUUCACUGCCCAGCAUCCACCUCAACCUCUACUGUCUGAGGCACAGCCUAGACUCCAGCUCCAGUUUUUUAAAAUUCUUGCUGCCUGACUGUUGAACCAUCAUACCAGAGACAUAUGUUGUCAUCCAAAAAUCUCCCCCUUGUGGAAGCAAUCUCAAGAGCAAAGCAAAUCUCUCUGAGUAGAUGAAAAAAGCCUUAGGUCAGUGGAGUUUUUUGAAGUGGAGUGCUGCUACAGGACAGGAGAAGGAGGAGGACAGUGAAUGUUUAGCUCUACCACCAUGGAACUGUCAUGCUGGCAGGGCCCCAAUUUAGGGCGAGUGGCAAACGACGUUUUUAAGAGCUUAAAUUUGAGCUGUGGUUGGGAAGCAGAGAAAACAGUGUUGACUCAAUAGGGACCCUUUAUAUUCAGAAAUACAUUAAUUUUUUUAGGAAAUGGACUUACCAUUGGAUGUUUUUACAAGUCAGUUGAAUGAGUGUCAGGCACAGGUACAGCACAGAUGGGUCUGUCAUAAGCAAGAGAAAGACUUGGAAAACCUGUUCUGUAAUGAGAAUCAUAUUAGUAGGUGGCAGACCUGAAUGGUGUGGGUCACAGUUUUCUCUCUCCUCCCUUUGCUGACCUCUUUGCACCAUCUUCGGAAAAACUCAACUUCAUCAGUUUUUGCUUACUCUUCCCAUAGCAGUUUAAAAUCGGUGUAACUCAAGUAACUAACAGAUUUGUCACAAACUCAGCUUUCCUUUUAACCUAGAGUCUGCAAAAAAAUGCAAAGACUUGCUAUAUCUUCUCUCAAUGAAAUUAAUAAUUGCUUCCACCUUUUUAAGCUGAUCACUGAAAAAUUGGGCGAGAAAAAAACGUCAGUCUGUGGAAGAUGCCUCUAAUUGUAUUCCUGCUGCCACCGUUGGAUAAUACUUAACUAAGUUUUCGAAGUGUUUUGGGAUGAUGAAAGGUGUUACAAAAAAAGCUAACCACUACUGUGUCAUGAUGUGACAAAGUAUCAUGCUUCUGAAAGGCUUUAAUUUGCAAGCAAAACAACAUGAAUCCUCUUAGCUCCUCAUAAAAAAUCAGAUUGUUAUUGUCAGCAAGUCACACCUGCUGCUCAGGUAUGUAAGUCCCUCUUUUGCUGCUGCAUUUGUUUAAGUAACAGUGAACAAUAUGUGGUGUUGGUGAUCAACAAAAGCUCAGAAUUUUGUCUGUGAGAACUCUUGCUGGAUUACAGCCAACUCAAAGUGUAGUGUGAUUAAUGCUGCAGUAAAUGGUGAGAUUGCAGUAAACAUGGGGUAUCCGACAUCUUUAGAACACACUCAAAC